GGCGAAGAAACGAUGGACAACAAGCACACACACAAAAAGAAAAACACGAAAAUCUGGGUUAACCACUCAAGCCCGUGUCCGUGUGUGUAUACAUGUGUGUGUGUAACUUAUUCGGGCAGGCUUCGGAUCCAUCGGACGCGACCUCUACCAGCGAGUGCUACGACGACGAGUACGACGACGAGGAGGAGGACAUCGUCCAGCAGCACGAACGUGGCCAGCAGCCGGACCAGCAGCGGGUGCGGGUACGGGUGCGCAGAGCAGCGGGUGCUAACAGCGCGUACGACCGCGAGGAAGAGUACGACGAGGAGGAGGAGGAAGCGGGCCCGGACGACGUACACGACGGUGCAGGGUUUGUGAAGUGGAGCGGGGAGAGGCGAAGCGGGGUGCGAGGAUUUUUUAACGCGAGCGAACCACGUGCGUACCAUGCGCUGGUAGUGGACGCGUUUGACGAAUCGGACCAACCGGACGGACCGUACAUUGGCCGUGGGCCGUAUAAUGUGAGCCGGGCCAGUGGCCCAAUACCGUCGACCCCUUUCCAGCCCCGGCCAGCUGUGGUGCGGCCGUACGUGCGGCCCGUGUCCCGGUUCUAUCCCGGUCGCCAUUCGCCGCUAGCGUCCGGCGCGUGUUUGCGUGAGCCAGUGCAGGCACGGUACGCCGGUAGCUACAGCAGCCAGCAGACGGUGAAACCGCAGCCGAGCGAGGAAUCGAUCUCGUCCGAUCCGGGCAGCCCGGUGUCGAGUGGGGAAGCGGGGGGCGCGAAGCAGCGGCCGGCACCAAGACAGCCACGCUUUCUCGCCAUGUCGUCCGGUGACGCAGACGCGGUGCGGCCCGAGCACGAACCCGACCGGGCGAGAACGCCCCCAAAUCCGUCGCAAUCGAUCGGGAGCGCCGAGAACGAACGGCCGAACGACGCGCCGGUCGGGUCCGGUGGUAGUGCCAUCGGUUCGGGUCCGCCAGUAGCAUCGACUGGCUCGAGCGCGACAGUGCCGUCGACAGGAACGCACGCACCGAACGGAGCGGCCCAUCAGCAACAGAAUCAGGCGAACAACAAUCACAGCAACGCACCGUCGGACGCGACCACGGACACAGCAGCAGCAGCAGCGGCCAAGCGUGACCUCAACCCGAAACCGCCGUUGUUGGCGCGCAGCAAGGAAUCGGUCUCGCCGUUACCGGUGAAGCGGCAGAACGGACCACCGGUCGCGGUGAACGGAACCGGCAGCAAGGACACGAACAACAACGGACCGGGCGAGGGCCAGCGCAGUCCGCAGACCGCCACGCAAUCAACCGCAAACGGCCCCACGGCCGCCGUCACCAAUCCGAACCAACCGACGCGUCCGCUCGGCGGUAUCAAGGGACGGAAGGGCGGCGGUUGGAAGGCCCGCCCCGACAGUGAAUCGUUCGGGAACGCGCUCAACUCGCCGACGGACGAGGACGAGCUGCUGGCGGGCAGCAGCCCGGUCACGGUACGCCGACAGCCGAUCAACGUCAAUCCGGUCAUCACCCGGGAUAAGCUCGCCAGCGGUGGUGGUGGUGUUGGUGGUAGUGUCGGUGGAAGUGGUGUAGGGAUUGGUGGUGGUGGUGGUGGCUGGGGACCAAGACAGCGUGGAGGUGCGGCUGUAGAGCGGGGUAGCCGGAUCCAGAGUCCAGCGACCGGCGGUGCUGCAGCUCCACAUCUGCACGGUGUGCUAGGUGGAGGUGCUGGUGGAGGAGUCGGCGGGACGUCGAUGGACGUUGGAGGUGAGGGUGCGACGCAGCCAACCGCAGCCGCCGCCGUUGCCGCCACCACAAACGGUACCGGUGCCGUCACAGCGGGCGGUCCGGUCCCUGGUACGGCAGCAAGCACACCGGGCACGGCCCAACCGGUUGGUCCGGUGCCGGUCAAGCGCAGCCAGUCGCGAAACGACGUGCUGGACCUGGACAGUGUACCCGGACCGUCGGGGCUACUGCCGAGCAACCCGGGCGUACCGGGCACGAUCGGGGGCAAUCCGCAGUCACGCUACUCAAACCUGUCGUUCUGGAAGGCGCGGCGGGUGCUGUUCUACCGGAAUGGCGAUCCCUUCUUCCCGGGCGUCGAGUUCCGGUUCAAGCCCGGGCGCGAUAUCUGCACGCUCGAGGCACUGCUGGACAAGAUCUCCGCCCGGAUGGAUCUGCCCCGGGGCGCUCGCUACAUAUUCUCGAUGGACGGCGACCGGAAGUACUCGCUCGAUGAGCUCGAGGACGGUUCCAGCUACGUCGUCUCCUCGUUCAAGGUGUUCAAGCCGGCCAGUUACGGCAAAAAGAACGGCGUGUGGUACGCGUCACCGGGCAACCAGGGAUGGGGUAGCGGUGCGGGCCCGGGCCGGCUCGGCCGCAAACCGUCCGUCACCGAGGUGGACAACAUGCCGUCCGGCAGCCUGAAGCCGAGCGCCGGUCGCGUUAUUAGAAUAAUCAACAGUCACGAUCACAGCGUGCAGUGUCGCGUGCUGCUGAACCUGCGCACAUCGCAACCGUUCGAGGAGGUGCUGGAGGAUCUCGGCCAGGUGUUGAAGAUGAUCGGAGCCAAAAAGAUGUAUACCAGCAACGGGCAGGAGGUGCGCAGCUUCUCCCAGCUGCGCAACGAGUUUGCCGAGGUGGAGACAUUCUAUCUGAGCAACACACCGUCGCUGCCGGUCGGUGCCCUCGGGCCAGGCGUUAUUCCACCCUCGCCGGGGCGUCGUUCCCGUUCCCGGCUGGGAGGUUCCGUACCGGACGACCUGUCCAAGACGACAGCACGCCAGCGGGCACGCAGCAAGAGCCGACCGCGCGUACUGUACGCACCCGAGAACGAGCUGGUCCGUGCGUCGUCCGACUAUCCUCUGCUGGACGCGAUGAAGGAGGAACCGACGCGCAUUACGAUCCGUGGACUGCGGCGCACCUUCUAUCCGCCGCUCCAUCAUCCGCCGAUAGACAACGCACCGCCGGACAAGAAGCUAUCGCUGUUCUGGGUACAUGGAUAUCGUGGAAUUGAUUCGAAGCGUAACCUUUGGGUCCUGCCGUCCGGUGAGCUGCUGUACUACGUCGCUGCCGUCGCCGUACUGUACGAUCGGGAGGAAGACGCUCAGCGCCACUACACCGGCCACACCGAGGACAUCAUGUGUAUGGAGGUACAUCCAUCGCGAGAACUCGUCGGCUCCGGACAGCGAGCCGGCCGGGACCGGAAGUCUCAGGCGCACGUGCGCAUCUGGAGCACCGAGUCCCUGCAGACACUGUACGUGUUCGGGAUGGGCGAGCUGGAUUCGGGCGUGAUUGCGGUCGCCUUUUCGCAGCUGAACGGUGGCAGCUACAUCCUUGCGGUCGAUGCCGGCCGCGAAAGCAUCCUGUCCGUCUGGCAAUGGCAGUGGGGCCAUCUGCUCGGCAAGGUGGCGACCCUGCAAGAAGGCAUCUGGGGUGCCACAUUCCAUCCGCUGGACGAUAAUCUACUGAUCACACACGGCCGAGGACAUCUCGCGUUUUGGCACAGACGGAAAGAUGGAUUCUUCGAAAAGACAGACAUCAUUAAACCGCCCUCCCGAACGUUUGUCACCUGCGUCCAGUUUGAGCCGGAUGGCGAUGUCAUCACGGCGGACAGUGACGGUUUCAUCACGAUCUACAGUGUCGACGCGGACGGUGCGUACUUUGUGCGCAUGGAGUUUGAGGCACACAACAAAGCGAUCAGCUGUCUGGUGAUGCUGUCCGAGGGUACGCUCAUAUCCGGGGGUGAGAAGGACCGCAAGAUAGCUGCCUGGGACUCGCUGCAAAACUACAAACGCAUCACAGACAUUAAGUUGCCCGAGUCUGCCGGUGGUGUACGCUCGAUAUAUCCGCAGCGCCCGGGACGGAACGAUGGUAACAUCUACGUCGGCACGACGCGCAACAACAUCCUGGAGGGUUCGCUGCAGCGACGCUUCAACCAGGUCAUCUUCGGACACGGCAAACAUCUGUGGGCGCUGGCAGCCCAUCCAGACGAUGAGGUGUUCGCGACCGGUGGCCACGACAAGUAUGUGGCACUGUGGCGCCGCCAGAAGCUGAUCUGGACGACCUCGGUCGGGUACGAGAUCAUCGCGCUCGCGUUCCAUCCGUACGGUGCCGCGUUGGCGGCUGGCAGCUCCGAGGGACAUCUGAUUGUGAUUAAUGCGGAAAAUGGCGCCACCAUGCUGACGAUUCGUGUCUGUGGCUCACCGCUGAAUGCGGUCGAGUUUAAUCAAGUUGGUGACAUGAUAGCGAUCGGUUCGCAAAACGGUAGCAUCUAUCUGUUCCGAGUGUCACGCGACGGGUUCUCGUACAAGAAGAUCAACAAGAUCCGUGGCUCACAGCCCCUGACGCAUCUCGACUGGAGCAGCGAGGGCAACUUCCUGCAGUCGGUCACGGUGGACUUCGAUCUGCUGUUCUGGGACGUGAAGUCCCUGUCGCCGGAGAAGAGCCCGAUCGCGAUGAAGGACGUGAAGUGGUUGACCAGUAACAGUACGGUCGGCUUUCUGGUGGCCGGUCUGUGGAACAACCGCUACUAUCCGGCACCGUCGAACACGAUCAUCACGACGACGGCCCGCACCGCGGCCCAGGACCUGGUGGCGGCCGGUGACGCGGACGGGUAUCUGCGCCUGUUCCGCUACCCGUGCAUUACGCCGCGGGCCGAGUUUACCGAGGCGAAGGUGUACUCCGGUACGCUCGCGUGCGUCAAGUUCCUGUACGGCAAUCACAGCCUGGUGACGGUCGGCGGUACCGACGCGUCGCUCAUGAUCUGGGAGCUGACCGAGGAAUAGCCACUGUGGCCGCCGUGGCGCACCGGGGUCGGCGUCGCCGCAGCCGCAGCCGCCGGGUCACCCUCACCAGCAGGUAAUCCUAGCACCGUACUACCCGUACCCGUAGCAAGCAACCAUCACCAUCAUCCCCACCAUACCCAUCAUCGGCCGGAAGCCGUCGCAUCCGGCGGGUUCUGUCAGCGUUCAGGGACCCAGCCAGCCGUACUCGUCGCGACCGCCACCACCGCCGGCGCUAGUACUGCUACGCCAGCGGUCGCGAGGCCCGCCUCCUCCGUCGACCACGCCACCAGCACACCAGCCACAAACGGUACAGCCGAUCGUCUAUGGGAUCAGGACCUGUCACCGCCAGCCGGUGGUACCGUGGGUGAGCGGAUGGCCCGCACCAUACCUGUACGCGUCUGCCGGGCGCAGGAACAACACAAGGACGAGGAGGAGGACGAAGA